AUGCCGGAAGCUACCGAGGAUACACCGGUGAUACAAGACAAGCUGAGCAAGCAAGACCUCGACAAGAUCGGCGCCCAAAAUUUAACGCCGUUGACCGAGGAGGUAAUUUCCCGUCAGGCCACCAUCAACAUCGGAACGAUUGGGCACGUAGCGCAUGGAAAGUCGACGCUUGUCAAGGCCAUUUCCGGCGUGCACACUGUCAAGUUCAAGAAUGAGCUCGAAAGGAACAUCACUAUCAAGCUCGGCUAUGCCAACGCCAAGAUUUACCGUUGCUCGAACGCCGAAUGCCCCAGGCCUGGCUGUUAUAAAUCCUACGGCUCGAGCACACCUGAUGAGGUAGAUUGCCCACGAAGCGGAUGCGGGGGAAAGAUGCACUGCGUUCGUCACGUUUCCUUCGUCGACUGCCCUGGUCACGACAUCCUCAUGGCCACUAUGUUGAACGGUGCUGCUGUCAUGGAUGCCGCAUUCCUUCUGGUUGCCGGCAAUGAACCCUGCCCUCAACCGCAGACCUCCGAGCAUUUAGCUGCCGUUGAAAUUAUGCAGCUGAAGCAUCUGCUCAUCCUUCAAAACAAGGUCGACCUCAUCAAGGAAGUGCAAGCGCGCGAACAGCACGAACAGAUCAAGUCGUUCGUGCAGGGCACUGUCGCCGACAACGCUCCAAUCAUCCCGAUUUCAGCCCAGCUGAAGUACAAUAUUGAUCUAGUCUGCGAGUACCUUUGCAAGAAGGUCCCCGUCCCUCAGCGAGAUUUUACCUCCCCCGCACGAUUGAUUGUCAUCCGUUCCUUCGAUGUGAACAAACCCGGUUCGGAAGUCGAGAAUUUGAAAGGCGGUGUCGCUGGCGGCUCCGUUUUGCGUGGUAUUCUUCGUGUCGGCCAAGAAAUCGAAGUGCGCCCGGGAAUUGUGUCCAAAACAGCCGAUGGCCGCGUUCAAUGCCGACCGAUCUUUUCGAAAAUCGUCUCACUUUAUACCGAAGGAAACCAACUGCAAUACGCGGUCCCUGGAGGGCUCAUCGGAGUUGGUACGCAGAUCGACCCGACUCUUUGCCGUGGUGACCGUCUCGUUGGUCAUCUCCUUGGCGCUGUGGGAACGCUACCCGACAUCUUCACCGAAAUCGAGAUUGGCUACUUCCUGCUGCGACGAUUGCUCGGUGUGCGAACCGAAGCUAAUAAGAAGGGCGCUAAAGUUCAAAAAUUGACGAAAGGAGAGGUGCUCAUGGUGAACAUUGGUUCUUUGUCGACAGGAGGUCGAGUUCUUGCUGUGAAGAACGAUGCUGCGAAGAUUGCCCUUACGGAUCCUAUCUGCACGGAGGUUGGCGAAAAGAUUGCCCUGUCUCGUCGUAUCGAGAAGCAUUGGCGGUUGAUCGGAUGGGGAGAGAUUCGUCGUGGAACCACUAUCGCCCCAACCACCGACAAC